UUCCGCGUCAGUCCCCACAUUGCUCAACCACAACUGUCACGUGCAAUAGAUACGUCUGAGGAACUUUCAUUUACAGGAAAUCACCAAGCGAAAGACAUCAACAUGGGAGUUGGAGUUGGAAUUGGUGGAUUCAUUACAUUCUUGACUUUAGCCUCUUGUUUUGGAGACAUUACAAAGGUUGACACCAGUGGGGCCUCAGAGAUAACCGCUAGACAAGACAAGCUAACUGUCCAAGGGGUGGAUGCCUCUCAUAAACUGGCUGAGCAUGACCUGGUGAGGAUGAACAAGUACAAGAAGCUCAUCACCAGGGUGGGGCAGAAGCAUGGCCUGGACCCAGCUAUCAUCGCUGGCAUCAUCUCCAGAGAGUCCCGGGCUGGGGCAGUGCUGGACCAUGGCUGGGGAGAUCAUGGAAAUGGCUUUGGGCUCAUGCAGGUUGACAAGCGCUACCACAAGAUAGUGGGGACAUGGGACAGUGAGGAGCAUAUCAGUCAAGGCAGUGAGAUUCUCAAUGAGUUUAUCCGAAGGAUCCAGGCUAAAUUCCCUGCGUGGCCCAAGGAGCACCAGCUGAAAGGGGGAAUUUCAGCCUACAAUGCUGGGGACAAAAAUGUCCGCACCUAUGAGCGAAUGGACGUGGGCACCACUGGGGGUGACUAUUCCAAUGAUGUUGUUGCCAGAUCUCAAUGGUUCAAAAGACAGGGUUAUUGAAGACUCUCUUCAUUAUAUUACUCCAGUCUUUGAUUCUACCUAUGGUGAAAAUAUUCAGUACGUGUUUUGGAAUAAAUCAAAGCAAUAAAAUGUCUUCUAUUUUCUGAAUAAAUCAAAGCAGUGAAAUACAUUCUAUUUUCUAAAUACAUGAAAUGAAAUGUCA